CUCAAACACACAAGUCAAUACCCAAACCAAGCUCAAAAUCCAGCAAUCAUGGUCAUGUGCAAGCCUUCCGAUCACGACGUCGCCAUCGAGGAGGAAUUCUCCAAGCUGCAGCAAGUGCUAAUCCAGACCUCCAAUGAUACGUCCAACUGUCUUAAGUUGCUCAAGAAGCACUUAUCUGACUACGACAAUCGCAAUGGCAACCACUUCACCAACACGGCAACACGAUUCAUGCGGACCGAUAUGCGCAAUGCCAAGGACACGGCGAUGGACCUGAAGCACGUGGCUCACGAUAUCAACAAGAACCAGCCGUCCAAGACGGAAACCUCUUCUGUCCGUAACAUGAUGAACUCGACAGCCAGGGCCAUGGAGGCCUUAAAGGCCACUGCUCGCAACUACGACAGAGAGAACAAACAGCGCAUGGGAGUCAAGGGAAGGGUCGAUGCCGCUGUUGGUGGAGAUGGGGAUCGUGGUUUCUUGGGGAGGAACAGGGAGUCCUCUUCAUCCUCUUCGUCCUCCUCGGACUCCGACGGUGGCCUCUUUGGCAAGAACCGAGAUGGACACGAGCAACGCGGAGGUUUGUUUGGAAAUGACAAGAACGAGGAGCACCACAGAAACAUUACCGGCAAUGAGGACGAUAACGGAGGUCGCAUCACGGGGAGCUCUGAAACCGUGGAGACGAUCGUGAGAAAGGUUCUCCGCGACCACUUCAGCCUCAGCACGCUAAACCACCAGAUCAAGGCUGCUGAAGACUCUCUUACACCGUCCCUCAUGGAGCGUGCAAAGGAGAAGAUGCACGAUGUGAAGGAAAAGAUCAAGGGCGACAAGUCUGACCCCGCCUACAGUCACCACCACGAAGGGCAGCACCAUCAGCAAACGGCGAUGCCGUAA